AUGGAACAUUUCUUUGCUGCUAAUGAAAUAACUGAUGGCACUAUACAGAAAUCCAUACUCAUAAGCGUUGUCGGUGCACAGACAUACAGCUUAAUGAGAAACCUGUUGAUCCCAGAUAAACCAGGAGAAAAGUCAUUCAUAGAUUUAGUCGAGCUAUUAAAAAAUCACUUCAACCCCAAACCCAGUGAAAUAGUACAAAGAUUCAAGUUUGAUUCACGCAUGAGAAAACCCACCGAAUCAGUGGGGGAAUAUGUGGCUGAGUUGAGAAAACUAGCAUUGGACUGUAACUAUGGGAAUACAUUAUCGCAAAUGCUACGCGAUCGGCUGGUGUGUGGGAUUAAUGAUGACAGGAUACAAAUACGAUUGUUAUCAGAGCCUAAUCUCACGUUUGAGAAUGCACUCAAACUGGCUCAGGCCAUGGAGUCCGCAAAUAGAAAUGUACUGGAUUUGCAGGCAAGGGGCACAACUGCGUGCCAUUCAGUAAAAGAGAGCAGCGCUGAGCUCGUAGAAUUUCAAAGAACAGAAAGCCGUGGUGCAGCAGCCAAUAGAGACUGUUAUCGUUGCAAAGGCAAACACGCAGCGUUUGACUGUAAAUUCAAACACGGAAAGUGUUAUGCCUGUGGGAUAAUAGGCCACAUUGUGAGGGCGUGCCGCAAUAAAAAAAAGCCACGGGCUGCAGAAAAGAGGACGGACAGAAAACCGAAUACCUCCAGACGCUCUAGCUACCGCUCUAAUCAAGUGAMAGAAAGUGAAAGUGAGUGCGCAGACGCAGAGCAAGCAUUCUCAAUGUACAGUGUACAGGGGGCGAAUAUGAAGAAGGUGYAGCCUUUCAUUGUGGAAAUGGGAAUAAAUGGAUUGAAGGUACCGUUUGAACUAGACACAGGAUGUAGUGUCACACUGAUGAACAGGUCCCAAUUCUAUAGGAAGUGGAAAACCGUUGAAGUGCCUAAACUGAGAGACACCCCUAUUAAACUCAAAACGUACACAGGGGAGAAGAUCACUGUGAUUGGAGUUGCUGAUGUUCAAGUGGAAUAUCAUGGACAAAAUAAAAYUCUGCCUCUCUUAGUAGUGGAAGGUACUGGCCCCAGUUUACUAGGAAGAGGGUGGUUGGAGGAAAUAAAAUUGAACUGGGAUGAAAUCAAACAUGUCACCACAGAGACAUUGACACUACAGCAGGUGCUUUCAAAGCAUGAGUGUGUUUUCAAAGAAGAGCUAGGGACAUUAAAAGYGGUCCAAGCUACCAUUCAUGUUGCUGCUGAUGCUACUCCCAGAUUCUAUAGGCCAAGAUCAGUUCCAUAUGCCAUGAAGCCUAAAGUGGAUGUGGAAAUUGACAGACUCUUAGCAGAGGAUAUAAUUGUACCUGUCAAGUUUUCUGAGUGGGCAGCACCAGUUGUUCCCAUACCAAAACCAGAUGGUUCAAUCAGAUUAUGCGGUGACUAUAAGCUGACUGUAAAUAGAGUUUCCUCUCUGGAGCAGUACCCCAUACCCAAAGUGGAGGAUUUGCUUUCAACGUUAACCGGAGGGCAACAGUUUACAAAAAUGGACAUGAGUCACGCAUAUCAGCAAGUGCUAAUGGAUAAAGCUUCACAGAAGUACCUGACCAUAAACACCCACAGAGGGAUGUUUACCUAUAAACGCUUACCUUUCGGGGUGUCUUCUGCACCAACUAUCUUCCAAAGAACUAUGGAGGGAAUUCUGCAGGGGAUACCCAAGGUAGCGGUUUACCUCGACGACAUUCUUGUCACGGGAGUCACGAAGGAGGAACAUUUUAGAAACUUAGGUGAAGUUUUGAGGAGGAUGGAGGACGCCGGUCUCCGGCUGAAGAGGAGCAAGUGUACACUGUUAGCUGAUGAAGUGCAGUACAUUGGUCACAAGUUGGAUGCCAAGGGGUUACACACUGUCAAAGCUAAAGUGAGGGCUGUUGUGGAAGCUCCAGCUCCGACAAACGUUACAGAGCUGAAAGCCUAUCUAGGCUUACUGAARUAUUAUAAUCGCUUCCURCCGAACCUCUCUACCCUCUUAGCUCCUCUACAUCAACUGCUAAGGAAGGAUGUGGCCUGGAAAUGGUCAGAAAGACAGGAAGAAGCUUUUGCAAAGUCAAAMGUGUUACUGCAAUCAGCUGAAGUGCUAGUGCACUACUCAGCAGACAGAGAUCUCAUCUUAUCGUGUGAUGCCUCAUCGUAUGGUGUGGGGGCGGUGCUAUCCCACCGGAUGGAGAAUGGUGCAGAGAAACCUAUCGGGUUCAUGUCAAGAACGUUGUCGCKAGCGGAGAAYAAGUACUCUCAGCUGGACAAGGAAGGACUGGCUGUCAUAUUCGGAAUACAGAGYUUCCACAAYUACUUGUAWGGGAGAACAUUCACUAUUGUGACGGAUCAUAAGCCUCUGAUCUCUCUGUUCCAUGAACAAAAGCCAGUACCACAAAUGGUCUCUCCAAGAGUUCAACGUUGGAAUGUGUGGCUCAGGGCCUACGAGUACAGAAUKAUUUACAAACCAGGUAGAUACCAUAGGAAUGCUGAUGCUCUGAGUAGGCUGCCCGUUCCAGAAAUCAUCAUUCAGGAAGAAGAAAAUGACCAGGUUUUGAUGAUCGAUGUGUUGGAUGAUGCACCGGUGAACACAGCACAAAUCAGGCAAUGGACUUCAAAGGAUGUGACGUUAUCACAAGUGCAUGAAUUUAUCCUGAAAGGAUGGCCUACAGUGACAGAGCCUCAGAUCAUGCCUUACUACACUCGCCGCUUGGCAUUGKGUGURCGAGAUGGAUGUYUUCUGUGGGGUUCAWGAGUAGUUAUCCCACCACAAGGGCGGGGGUUGCUACUGAAGUUGUUGCAUCAGUCGCAUCCAGGUAUGUCGAGGAUGAAAGGCCUAGCGAGGUCAUAUGUCUGGUGGCCAAAGAUGGACCACGAUGUGGAAAAUGAGGUUAGCCGGUGUGCAGAUUGUCAGAGUAACAGGAAGUCACCCCCCACCGCACCAUUACAUCCAUGGGAAUGGCCAGAAAAACCAUGGGCACGACUACAUGUGGACUAUGCUGGACCUUUCCUAGGAAAAAUGUUCCUUGUGCUGAUUGAUUCUCAUUCAAAGUGGAUGGAUGUUUACCCCAUGAACACGUCAACAUCGUACGCUACGAUUGAGAAGUUGAGACAAAGCUUCAGUGUUAUGGGAUUGCCUCAAAUGUUGGUUAGUGACAAUGCUACUUGUUUUACAAGCACUGAAUUCACAAGUUUCAUGAAACAAAAUGGAAUUCAGCAUGUAACGUCYGCCCCUUUUCACCCAUCUUCAAACGGAUUAGCAGAACGUGCGGUUCAGACCUUGAAGGAGGGGAUGAGGAAGAUGCAAGGGCCCAGCAUUGAAACAAAGGUGUCAAGAUUCUUGUUCAGCUACAGGAUUACUCCUCAAGCUAUGACUGGGUUGUCACCUGCAGAAAUGUUGAUGUCAAUGAGGUUGAGGUCAACCUUGGAUCUCAUCAGACCAGACCUGAAAAUGAAAAUACAACAAAAGCAAUGGAAUCAAAAAUGGAAUCAUGACACCCGAGCCAAACUCAGAAGUUUCUCACCUGGAGAUGAUGUCUAUACAAGAAACUAUGGGUUUGGUCCUAAAUGGAUUCCAGCUACCAUUGAGGAUUGCUCAGGACCAGUAUCUUAUACUGUGAUCAUCGGAAGUGGACAAAGACUAAGGAGACACGUGGAUCAGAUCCGAYCUCGAAUURCAGUUCCAUSSGGAGAUCUGGAUCAAUUCUUAAACGAGCAGMACAGGACAUUGGAACGUUCCCCAGAGUUGCAGUUGGACAAACCARCUGAGACCAACAAUGCUCAACWUCCUGAGACCACCAGUCCGGGACGACCUCCUCCUGUGAAGUCUCCACAAAAGGACUUUGUUUCACCAUCAAGGGGUGAAGAUCUGGUGGCACCAGCUACACCAKCUCUGAGACGCUCUAUUAGAGAGAGACGUCCGCCAGACUUUUUCAGAUCCUAA